AUGAACGUGAAAGACACACCUAUGGACCAAGGUGUUGCCUCCAUGACUAGCCCGAGUCAGUCAGGGCCAAGCCCAACACAAGAUGAUGCCAAAGUCGGCCCGGGCUCCUGGAAUACUAAGAAGUUUCGUGAUGAGUAUGAAACACUAAAGAAUAGGCUGCUUGAUUCCCAGUUCAGCGUUGCUGAAUAUCCUGAUCCGCUGGCUCCCAAGCCUCCCCAUCCGAAGCAGUAUCCUGUUGGAACAGGCCCAACCGUGGAGCAGAGGCUAUUGAAACUCAUCUCAGAAAUCAAAGCAGCCAACGAAAACUGA